AUGAAUCAAAGCCAAAGCUCCGGUUCAGCAUCGAACGCAAUAAUCGGAGGAUUCAUGGGCGAAUUGAAGUGUCACUGUGGGAAGGAGUCGGUGGUUAAGAAGGCUUGGACGGAUGAUAAUCUGGGGAGAAGAUUCUAUGGUUGUGGAGAUCGAAAUUGGAAGUCCUGCAACUUCUUCAGAUGGUUUGAUGUUGAGAAGCCUCAUGGAUGGCAGAAGAAAGCAUUGGUGGAAGCUCGAGACACGAUUCAGGACCAAUUACAAGAGCUGAAAAAGCUGAGAGCUUUGGUCGGAGAAGAUGGUGAAGUAAUGGCUUCUGCCGGCGAGCAGAUAGAGUCACGAGCCGAUAAUGCGGAGAAUUCGGAGGUAUGGAUCGAACUGACUAACGAGAACAAGGCUCUGAAGGAAGAACUUGCAUUGAGCGUGGAAAAGGAGAAACUUUGUCGACAAUUUGUGGUCAUUUCGUGGGUGGGAUUUGUGUGUGUGACUGCAAUAAUUUGCAAUGCUUUCAAGUAA